ACUGUAUAACCCUUUUCUGUCUUACUUAUUUUGUUCAACUUUUUGUUUGUGAGAGAGAUCGAAAUCAUUGCACAUAACUGUCUUUUUAAAAUUUUUUCAGAGUAUUUAGUUGCAUAAAUAUACCACAAUUAAUUUUUCUAUUCCACUCUGGGUGAAUAUUUGAGUUGUUUCCAGUUUAGGCUGUCAUAACGCCACUAAGAACAUUCUUGUACAUGUUCCCCUGUACAUACACGCAAGAGCUUUUGACUAAGCGUCAAAGUGUGUGUACAGGCAAUCUCAGUUUUUAUCAGAUAAAGCCAAACGGAUUUCCAAAAUGGUUGUAUCAGUUACACAGGAAGUAGAACAUUCUAACCAGGGGCAGGUAUAGGACCAAGAAGACCCAUACACCUUUCUUGCCUUAAACUCUCCGUGGUUUUCUCUUUUCCUUGGAAUAAGAUCCAAGUCACUGCUGUGGCUCCCACGGCCUCUGCCUGGCUUUCCACCUAUGCCAUCUGACGGCCUGUGCCUUUUGUACUGCUGUACUUGCCAUGGCUCUCUCCCUCGCUCUCUGCACGUGCUUGCGAACAUGUCACUUCUCAGUGGCACCUUCCCUGACCACUGAAUUUUCUCUCACAACCUCCAGCCCUCCUUAUCCCCUGCUCAGCUUUAGUUUUCUUCGUAGUCCAGCCACCUAGGUCCCAUUCAGCCUCAGGCAGCCCUCCCCUGGUCUGCCAGCACGUUUAUCUCCUCCCAAACCCUAAGGGCUCUCAACGCUGACUGUCUGGGGGCUGUCUAGCUGCCCCUUCUGAAGGAUCCAGCUCUCUGAGUCACUUUUUAUCACAUUCUCCUGGUGUCUUUCAUGGCAAUUUCCAUGCGCUGAAAUAAGCUAAUGUAUUUGUUUGUUUACCUGUUUGGUUUUUGUCUCCACUCUGCCCCACCCCUCACUUGAAAGUGAGCGGUCUUGCUCCGUCCCAUGACGAGUGCCUGCUGCAUGACAGGCCCUCACAUAAUAAUCUGCCGAGCUGUCAGGCUUCUAGAGACAGUCAGCCCCUCCCCCCACCGCCACACCUGGGACUUGCCCUGUGUGGAAAUUCCCAGAAUCUGGGUUUCUUCCCUCCCCUGCCAGCUCCCACCAACAUCCCUGGCUCAGCCUCAGCGUCUCAGAGCAUCUGCUGGUGCUGCCGCUGCUGCUCCUCUCCGUCUCCUCCGGGGACCUUUUGGAAGCAUGAAGCAGCCCUUCUAGCCAUCAGGGCUAGAGAGUGAUGGGCAGGCGCCAGGUGCCUGGAGCUCAAGGGAUACUUUUUGAUUGAAUAGAAGGGAAGACUUCAGAGAAGAUAGGACUCCACCACGUGGAGAAAAGAGAAAGGCCACUGGGGGCAGAAGGAAGAGUAUAAACAAAGGACUGGAGGCACGAAAGUGCACAUCGUAUUUGGAGGACGUGUUCUGGUCUGGUGCCCCGGGAGGGUUCUCAGUGGAGGGGAGGGGAGCAGGCAGGCGGGGAAGGGGAGGGCUCGCUGGGGAGGGCUGAGCUCCUGCAGGCUCAGAGAGGCUCAGCAGUGUCUUAGGUGUAAUCCUGCCCGCCCCCUGCUCCCCACAGUAUCCGCUCUGACUCCACCCCUGCCCUCCCCUUCACCCAACCCCCAGCCUGGCCACUCCUGCAGCUAAAUGGACUUCUCUCUGGGCCUGCGUUUAGGGCCUCGGAACAAGAAGGCCAGCCACCAACAGCCCCCUCCACCCUCCGGGCACGGCCCGCCCGCUGCCUCCCCUUGUCUGUCCUGCCCCACUUCUGCCUGUGCCUGCCCCUGCCCGGGCUGGCCCCCUCCCGCCUGCUCCUGCACUGCCUAUCCCUCUUACGCAGCUCCCUGCCCCUCCUGUCCGGGCCUCCCUGGCCCACCCUGUACCUGCCCCUGCCCUCCCUGCCCUGCCUGUCCUCCCUUGACUUGUCCCCACAGGUCCUGCAGCCCAUGCUCUGGUCCACACUUGACCUGCUGCCACCCCUCUCCUUGCCCCAUGUACCCUUGCUCCAGGGGUCGAACUGCCUGUUCCAGCUCCUGCUUGGGCUGCGGUGACAGCCACGGCUGUGGCCGAGGGGCUGCCCGGGGGCCUCCAGGCUCCACUGGCCGCUGUAGCUGCUGCUUCAGGGGACAGCGCGCCUCUCGGCACUGUCUCAUAGUCUAGCGGGGCUGUUGCCCCCUGAGAGAUUGCCCAUCUCCCACGGCACUCUGCAGCUGCUUCCUCCGCGGGGAGGCAGGAGCUCUGGAGGACGGAGAAGGAUCAGCUGGACCCCUCACCCAGGCGGGGAGAGGCGGCAGGUUGCUCAGAGCCCCCAGCCUCCUCCUCAGUCCUGGGAGUGACAGCAGGGCAUCUGCUUUGAAGCUAGUUUCUGGGCGCAUGCUCUCACUGGUUCCAGAACCUCCUCUUCUGCGACUUCUGGAAUGGAAAACGUUCUUCUCAGAGCCUCUCCCAAGGCCCCUGCAGGGUGGCCAAAAUGGCUCUAAGUGGUGGAGAAAACCUCUUAUUUACAGAAGAACUCCAGCUAAUGCAAAAGGAAUAUGGAAUUAGAAAAAUCAUUUUGCAAUCCCUAAUGAAAUAAUUGAUCAAAGCAAGAAUCAUCAAUGGAUGAAACCAAGGAUGUGGUUGAUGGAGAACUUUACAAUGGAGGAAUGAAGCUGUCACUACCUGAUCCCACUGAUAAAUCUUAGCAUCCCUAAAAAGGGCACAACCAUAUACCGUGUACCUCUUGAUAUGAUGCAAUCUGAAGCACUCAGCACCACCUGUGAAGGACUCUUGCCAAACAAAGAAACAAAAAAACUGAACGUGAUUCUAAUCAAGCCUCUAAAACUAACCUCCAUUUAAUAGGAAAUAUUGUGUGUGUGGGGGGGACAAAUUAAAUGACAUAACAAGGAAGUAAGAAAACAUAUUCAGAACGGGAGACAUUCUAAAGGACUUCUGACCUGAUUUCUUCAACUAGUCAAUGGCUGGGGGGGGUGGGGAGUAAGAGGGGAUGUACAAAGACAACUACUACAUGGAAUAUGUGGACCUUGUUUGGUUCCUGAUUGGGACCAUCCAACUGUAAAAAGACAUUUUCAGAGUGUUGGAAACAUUUAACUAUGAACUGAGUACUUACAAUGCCAAGGAAUCAGUGUUGAUUUUGUUAAAUGUGAAAAGGGCUUUGAGGUUAUGUAAGAAAAGGUCCUUAUUUCCUAGGGAUGCAUACUAAAGUAUGGAGUGAAGUGAUGUAUUUAAUUUUAAGUAUUUUGGCAAACAAAAAAGAAAGAAAGGAGAAGGAACAAAGGGACAAAAAUCAAUAUUGUUGAACUAAGUAUAUAGGGUUUCAUAGGACUAUGCUCUCUACCUCUAUGUAUGUUUGAACAUUUUCAUAAUAAAAGUUUUA